AUGGCGACAGUACCAGGGCAGCUGAUAUGGGAGAUCUUAAAGAAGAACAACUCUUUUCUCGUUAAGGAGUUCGGCAAUGGAAAUCAAAGCGUUCAGUUUAGCAAAGAGCCUAACAAUCUCUACAAUCUCAACUCAUACAAACACUCUGGACUAGCCAACAAGAAGACAGUCACUAUUCAGCCAGCUGGUAAAGAUCAAUCUGUGUUGCUUGCAACGACUAAAACCAAGAAACAGGGAAAACCUGCAAGUUUGCUUAACAAAUCCAUUAUGAAAAAGGAGUUCUACCGCAUGGCAAAGGCAGUUUCAAACCAGGUGGGAGAUAACUAUUACAGGCCAGAUUUGAAGAAGGCUGCACUUGCUAGGUUGAGUGCUGUUAGCAGGAGUCUUAAGGUCUCAAAAUCUGGUGUGAAGAAGAAGAACAGGCAAGCUUACAAGACUAAGCACAUCAACAUCCGUACGGACAUGAUAUUUUGGAAAAAAGCGUUUGGAAUAAAUUGA